AUGGUUUCCACUGGUUACAAGUAUGUUAUUAUUCCGACUCGUCGCUCAUUGGCGGAGGCAGUGCAGAUAACCAUCUGCUAUGCUCUGGGGGAUGCCAGCAGCUCCUACAUCAUUGGCAGUGUGAGUACCAACCACCUUCUCACUUGCAGCCUGGCCUCAGUUCCAGUGUGGACAACGCAGGGAGCUCAGAAACACGACCUGACUGGCGAUGAUUUAAUAUUUGGAGCCAUUACCUGCGUGACUGGAAUCCUCGGGAUUGGAAUUGGAGCUGCGCUUUCGAAGCACUUUAAAAAGAAGAGCCCCAGAGCUGAUCCUCUCAUCUGUGCAGCCGGCAUGUUGAGUUCUAGUCUCUGCCUCUACCUCGCCAUUGUACUGGCUCGGCAUAGCAUUGCAGCGACAUACGUUUUCAUUGCCUUGGGAGAGACAUUACUCGCUUUGAAUUGGGCAAUUAUUGCAGACAUUCUCUUGUACGUUAUUAUUCCGACUCGUCGCUCGUUGGCGGAGGCAGUGCAGAUAACCAUCUGCCAUGUUCUGGGGGAUGCCAGCAGCUCCUACAUCAUUGGCAGUAUCUCCGAUGCUAUCCAGAAGACCCGUCCAGCCUCCAGCUUUUGGAAGUUUGUGAGCCUGGAACAUGCCUUCCUGCUGUGCCCUUUCGUUGCUGUUGUUAGAGGAGCCUUAUUCCUUUGGACAGCAAAUCAUCUGGAGGAGGAUCGCCUGAAAGCGUCACAGAUCUAUCAAG